GAGGUGGCAGCCUUUGGACCGAGUGGCAUUUCACGUUGCUUUUCAGCGCGUGUUUUUUUAUUUGUGCAAAAAUCCUAUUUGCAAUAAUUUGUGCAUUUCCAAAUAUAAUUAAGAGAUGUCGAAACGCCGCAUUGAAGUAGGAGAAACAUACUCCAACAAGUCAAAAAAAGAAUCUGAAGCCUCAACAUCGGCGGCUGCUUCUGCUGCCGGCACUGUUGCCCAGAUUUUGGGCGGAUUUGUGCCGAGCAAACUGCCGCCAACCAUGAAUCCCUUUACAAAUAAGCCUUACUCAACUCGCUACCAAAACUUGUAUAAAAAGCGCAUUGCAUUGCCGGUAUUUGAAUACCAGGCGGACUUUAUGCGUCUGCUUAGUCAGCAUCAGUGCAUUGUGCUUGUGGGCGAAACAGGUUCAGGAAAAACGACACAGAUACCGCAAUGGUGCGUGGACUUUGCGGUUUCCAAGGGCCGCAAAGGAGUGUCCUGCACACAGCCACGUCGUGUGGCUGCCAUGUCCGUGGCACAACGUGUUUCCGAGGAAAUGGAUGUAAAUCUGGGUGAGGAGGUGGGAUACUCUAUACGUUUCGAGGAUUGCUCGUCGCCAAAGACACUGCUUAAGUACAUGACAGAUGGUAUGCUGUUGCGAGAAGCCAUGUCAGAUCCUAUGCUGGAACAGUAUCAGGUUAUACUCCUCGACGAGGCUCACGAACGUACGCUGGCCACGGACAUAUUGAUGGGUGUGCUAAAGGAGGUUAUUCGUCAGCGCAACGAUCUUAAAUUGGUGGUCAUGUCGGCUACUCUUGAUGCCGGCAAGUUCCAGCAAUAUUUCGAUAAUGCGCCGCUUAUGAAUGUGCCUGGACGAACACAUCCCGUCGAAAUAUUCUAUACACCAGAACCAGAGCGGGACUACUUGGAGGCGGCAAUACGCACUGUCAUUCAAAUUCACAUGUGCGAGGAAAUUGAAGGUGAUAUUCUCAUGUUCCUCACGGGUCAGGAGGAAAUCGAGGAAGCAUGCAAGCGCAUCAAACGAGAAAUUGAUAAUCUAGGCUCUGAGAUUGGCGAGCUCAAGUGUAUACCCUUGUACUCGACGCUGCCUCCGAAUCUGCAGCAGCGCAUUUUUGAAGCGGCACCACCGCCAAAUGCCAAUGGUGCUAUUGGCCGCAAGGUUGUGGUCUCCACCAACAUUGCCGAGACCUCGCUGACAAUUGAUGGCGUUGUGUUUGUCAUUGAUCCUGGCUUUGCCAAACAGAAAGUUUACAAUCCUCGUAUUCGUGUCGAGAGUUUGCUUGUCUCACCGAUAUCCAAGGCUUCGGCACAGCAGCGUGCUGGUCGAGCUGGACGUACACGGCCGGGCAAAUGUUUCCGCCUGUACACAGAGAAGGCAUUUAAGAACGAAAUGCAAGACAAUACAUACCCCGAGAUUCUACGAUCUAAUUUGGGCACCGUUGUGCUGCAGCUAAAGAAACUGGGUAUUGAUGACUUGGUGCACUUUGACUUUAUGGAUCCUCCAGCUCCUGAGACGCUGAUGCGCGCAUUGGAGUUACUCAACUACUUGGCCGCUCUCGAUGAUGAUGGCAAUCUGACGGAUCUGGGUGCCGUCAUGUCCGAAUUUCCAUUGGAUCCACAGUUGGCAAAGAUGCUGAUUGCCAGUUGCCAGCACAACUGUUCCAAUGAGAUACUCUCAAUAACGGCUAUGCUGUCGGUGCCACAAUGUUUCGUGCGUCCCAAUGAGGCAAAGAAGGUAGCUGAUGAGGCCAAGAUGCGCUUUGCCCACAUCGACGGGGAUCAUCUAACUUUGCUGAAUGUCUACCACGCCUUCAAGCAGAGCAGCGAGGAUCCCAAUUGGUGCUACGAGAACUUUAUUAACUUCCGAUCGUUGAAGAGCGCCGAUAAUGUACGCCAACAGUUGGCUAGAAUCAUGGAUCGCUUUAGUCUGAAGCGUACAAGCACCGAGUUCACCUCCAAGGACUAUUAUGUCAAUAUACGCAAGGCUCUGGUGCAGGGCUUCUUUAUGCAGGUGGCGCAUCUGGAGCGCACUGGACACUAUCUGACCAUCAAGGAUAACCAGAACGUGCAGCUGCAUCCCUCGACAUGUCUAGAUCACAAGCCAGACUGGGUCAUCUACAACGAAUUUGUGCUGACCACCAAGAACUACAUACGCACCGUGACAGAUGUGAAGCCGGAAUGGCUGCUUAGCCUGGCGCCUCAGUACUACGAUCUGAACAACUUCCCACAGUGUGAAGCCAAGCGACAACUGGAGCUGCUUCAGCAGCGGAUGGAAACAAAACAGUACCAGAAGGGAUUCUAAGCAGCAAAUCCGAGUUUUUAAUACAAUUAGCUUAAACACAAUUAAAAUGAAAACUAAUUAUAAUGUCCGUUUAAGUAGCCAUUGAAAUUAGUUUGCUUAAAUGUUACAAUUUCAAUUAUGUUUUCAAUAAUCACAAAAUAAUGUUUUAUCUUUAUUUGUUUGCUUACGAAUUACAUACAUAAACACAUCUAAGAAUUCCGUUUAGUGUUAAUAAAAGCAACCUUUUGUAUACCUUAAAAAAAA